AUUUAGAAAACAAAACAAGACUGAAAUCUUCUUUCUUUUGAAGCCAAAAUUCCCACAGUGAAUCAAUUCAUUAAUCAAUGAAAUGGAAACCAGAGUUCCCCCGUUACACGAAGGCUUAGAAGGCACUACUUUUGAAGAAAAUAAGCUCACAUUGGACUCAAACAAGGAACUGAAACAUUUGGGAAAUUUGGACAAAUUGAAAUCUGAGCAUGGAACCACUGGACAGAAUCAGAAUACCAAUAAGUCAAGGGGUUUAGGGAGUGUGACUUCUGCUAGAAAUUUUAUUGGAGAUGCCAAUGGGGAGAAGCCAAAGGGAGUGUCAGAUUCAAUGUGGAAGAAAUUUCAAGUACUCCAUAAAAGACGAGAAGAUAUAUUAGCAAGAUCAAAAUUAAAAAGACAGCGUGAAUUCCAAAAGAAACUUAAACAUGAAUCGCAGCAAAACAAAUCUGUUGAUGAACCCCCAGAGAAGAAAUCUACAGAACCUGAUAAAGAUGAAAUUACCAAGACACCAGACACAAAUGAAACCUCUUCAGCUAGUGGCGUAGAGAGCUGGAGUGAUAUCAAGCCAUAUCUUCAUUGUAAAGAUCAUCUGAAAGGAAUCGAUCCAGGAAGAUAUGCCCCAAAGACUAAACUAGAGAAUGAGGUUGAUGCUGCUAUAUCACAGGGACAGUACACCAAAGCAGAGCAGCUCAGUGACCACAUGGCCAAUAGAGAGUUUGGAAGUAAAGUCGCUGAAGCUUUCCAAGCAAAGAAAUAUGCUGAGGAGAAGCAGAAAGAAGAUCAACUGAAGAAAGAAAGAGAAAGGAAGAAACUCAACUGGGGAUUUGCUGAGAAACAAAGAUGGGAGAGAAAAUCCAACAUGUGAUACUACUACAGAAAGGGACAUUGAAUAAUACAUGAGAAUUCAUCCUCAUUGAAAAUGAACACAACCGAGGCCUAGAUAGUCUUUCUAUCUCAUUGUGAACUGCAUGGGCUUAUUAUAGGCUUAUAUUUCAAAACUAAUAUAAGGAUCCCAUUUUAGAGACAGAAAAUCCAACACAAAAAUUAAUAAUUAUUGUAAAUGAUAAUAAAUAUUGCUGUAUUUCUAUUUAAUACACAAAAGCAUAUUGUAACAUUAUAAUGCAAUUAAUCAAUAAAAUUGCUCAAUUAUGUAAAAUACAUUAAGUUGAUAAUACAAUAUGAAGUACUUAUUUCUUAUACAUGUGUAAACCUGUGGAACAAGAAUAAACGAGAAAAUCAACAAUAUUCAUAACGUCAUUGUGUCAUUAAUUCACCAAGAACAUGCUGAAUAUUAUAUUCACCUAGGCAUGCAAUGAUAACAUGAGUUUAUGUGAAUAUUUCUUAACAUUUGGUAAAAUAUAUCAAUUUCAUAUGUAAUUAAAACCUACCAAAACCACUCACAUUUAGAGUGAUCCCAUGUUCGCAUUAGGAUUCAUAAAUUUUUUCCAGUUCACAUAUUAUUACGAUCUUAGAGAGGUGUUUUAAAUCUAUAAAUGUGAUAA